AUGCUACAGGGUCAUCAGGUGAUUCUGAUGUGUCGUUACAGGGCUGAGCUGCACGCUGCGUCGCUGCGAUGCCUCGCUCGUAACCGACACGGCAGCGUCAUCUCAGCCACCGUCGCUCUGCACGCCGUGGUGGGACAGGAGGUGACGGUGAAGGUGGAGGGGGACAGCGCCUUCCUUGGGGGGCCUGCGGUGCUGCGGUGUGUGGUCCCGUCUCACCUCAGACCACACGUGGUCCCCGUUGCCUGGGAGACCCAGAAGAGAACCAUAUAUCCCAGCACAAGCCCUGAAGGUCGCUACCACAUGAUCGGUGGCACAGGCGACCUGAUCGUAACGGAUGUACAGGCGAGCGACAGUCUCACGAGCUUCGCCUGCCGUGUGCUAGACGCGCUCACCGACACAUACUACACAUCAUCGGCGACUGGCACUCUGCGCGUACUGCAGCACGGAGAAGCUGCCCGGCCUCAAAUCACGACGAAAAUAAGGAGUGUGACUGUGAGCGAGGGUAGCGUUCAGCUCAUCCCUUGUGUAGGCAAGGGGAUUCCGACUCCCUCGGUCAGAUGGAGUGCCUACUCCGAUACGAGCAGCGGCGCUGGCAGCAACUACCAUCCUCACAGCAAUCUUUUCUCGACCCUUUACGGCAGAGAAGGCAACAUCCAUCGUUCUUAUGCCCCUCAUAUUGAUAACGGUCGUUUGGGAGCCUCAGUGCUUGAGCUCGAUUUUUCGAGGCUCACUGACGGUUCAUCUUUCGUCUGUAUCGCCAACAGCUCACAGGGGACGGACCAGAUGGUCGUCGAAGUGAACGUGGAGCCAACUCUUCAAGUGGAUGUUCAGCCUAAAUACGUGACUGUGGAUUUAGCCAGCAGUGCAUCCUUCAGCUGCAAUCCAUCAGUUGCUUCAGCCUCAAUUACAUGGUACUUCAACGGUAGUCCUGUAGUGGGUCGAGGUCGCGUGUCAGCGUCAGGUCGGCAGCUGGUGAUAGCGAGCGUGUCUCACGAGCACGAGGGAAUGUUCCAGUGCUUCGCUCAGCUCGGGGGGCACACUGCUCAGGACGCUGCACAAAUCGUCUUGGGAGAAUCGGCUCCCCUGUUGCACUACCAGUUCAUCGAACAAACCAUCCAGCCUGGGCAGUCUGUAUCACUGAAGUGCGCAGCUGUGGGCAACCCUGUACCCACCUUGACGUGGCUCCUAAACGGGCUUCCCGUGCAACGAUCUGAUCGAGUGUUAGUUGGGGAGCAGCCUGGGGCGCGUGGUCGCGUGGUUGGUCACGUGAACAUCACCAGCAGCCGCGUGCAGGACGGCGGCGCUUACCGCUGCAUCGCCUCCAGCAGCGCCGGCAAGGUCGGACAUACCGCCAACCUCAACAUAUACGGCGAACCGACGGCUCGACACACAGCGUCUCUCACCGCCGUAGCCGGGGAGGCGCUGGAGCUAUACUGCCCUGUAGCGGGGUACCCACUGCAGUCAUUCCUCUGGACCAAAGACGGAGUGACAUUGACCGGGACCGAAGACAACAUCCGCCUGGGACCUGGCGGUACGCUGACGCUGAAGUCAGCUCGUAAGCCCGCUGACAGCGGCCUGUACUCGUGCAGCGCCAGCGUCAGGCAAGAGAGGUCAGCUUCUGCUGCUGUGCAAGUCGACGUGCUAACUGCCCCCAGGAUAGCCCUGGUGUCGACGUCAGACGGAGGCGUGGAGGCUGGAGACAGAGUCACUCUCACUUGCACAGUUUCCAAAGGAGAUUCUCCUCUUACGAUUAUGUGGUACCGAGAUGGGAUUCCACUUCCCAGUCACGGGUCCCGCACUGAUGAUAUUACUAUUGUGUCCCUCAACGCAUACAAUUCUGUUCUUGGCGUCGAGAGAGUGGGCCCAAGACACGGAGGUCGAUACUCUUGCAGGGCCUCCAAUGCUGCAGGCACCGAUGUGCUCGCCUAUUCUCUCGUCGUCAACCUGCGUUCUCCUCUCUUCUUUAACAUUUGUGUUUUAUUUGCCCUCUCUACAGUUCCUCCUCGCAUAGAACAUUUUUCAUUCAGAGAGGGUUUGUCAGAAGGCAUGCGAACCCGGGUGGUUUGUGGGGUAUAUCAGGGCGAUCAACCGUUGAAACUAGCAUGGCUGAAAGAAGGCCAGCUUUUGCAAAUGAGCGGGCAUGGUGGUGGUGGUGGUGGUGGUGGUACUAAAGUGAAGGACAUUGACAGCUUCUCUAGCGUGCUGACGCUAGGACCUCUAACUUUGGAUCACGUGGGUCGGUACUCCUGUAGAGCCUCCAACAGCGCAGCCACCGUCGAAGCUGGAGCCGAUCUCACUGUGAACGUGUCGCCCUCAUGGCUCUUGGAACCGAGUGACGUCACAGUCAGCAGGGGGCGCUCGCUCACCCUUCAUUGCAGGGCUCGGGGGGAGCCGCCCCCUGUCGUCACCUGGAAGAGGAAGCUAGCAAACUCUGAAGAGUUCGUGGCGCUUGGCAGCAACGGAGGUCCAAGAGGUCCCCGAGUUACGCAGCUCGGCAACGGGUCGCUCUACUUUGAACAGACUCACCCUAGCCACGGCGACGCUUUCAUGUGCUUCGCUAAGAAUUCUGUCGGAGAAAUCAGCAAGACGGUUUCUAUUUCUGUAACGUCGGCCCCAUACUUCGAACAAGAGCAAAAUCAGGUUUCGGCUCGCGCGGGCGAAAGUGUCGAACUGACGUGCCGUGUCAAGGGCGAUCCAACCCCCACGGUGCUCUGGGUGCCGCCGUCCUCCAACCUGCGGCAUCUCACCAGACACCACGAAUCUACAGUGCAAGAAGACCGACAUACCGUGCUGUCUGUUCUGAGCAUCACGGCCGUUCUGGCCAGCGACGCUGGGCAGUACUCCUGCACGGCAGCGAAUGAACAUGGACGCAAUUCUCUCGACAUCCGAUUAGAAGUGCACGAACCCCCGUCUUCACCCCAUGGCUUGCGGGUGCUAACUCAAGGAUCCCGCAGUGUUCGUGUAGUCUGGAUUGUGCCGGACGACGACUCGAACUCCUACAACCUGCAAUACCGCGAGCUCAAUGCCAAAAUUUGGUCGGGAGAGGCUGGACACGAUGGUGGAUUGAGAUUAGGAGUGGAUCCUUCGCCGGGAUCAGCUGGAGCUGAAGGAUCAAAGUGGGAGGCUACAGAGGGAGAAGUUACAGUGGCCGCGAGGGAGGCCAGAGAAGGAGUUUUGUUGCCAAACCUGGUGCCGGCGACAGAGUAUUUGGUGCGCGUGAUAGCGACUAAUCAGUUGGGGCGGUCGCCCCCUUCCGAAGAGUUGCGCUUCAUCACGAAGGGAGAGAAGCCUGAAGCCCCGCCAAGAGCAGUGACGGCCGAGGCCCUUGGCCCCACUCAAGUGAAAAUCACGUGGCGGGCCCCACCGCCUGACAAAAUUCAUGGGCCCUUAACCGGAUAUUUUAUUGGCUGGGCGGCCUCAGCAGCGAGAAAUAGGUUGUCUAAUGCCAUACAGUACAACUUCACAACAAUCGAGUAUUCCAACUCGGAGUACCUAGCGCCGGCGGACGAUGCAUUACUCGAGCACAAAAGUACUCACGACAUAGGCACCCUCUGGAGUACAGUACUGAAAGACCUGCGACCGAACACUGCGUAUACGAUUGUGGUUAAAGCAUACAACCGAGAAGGCGCCGGACCCAUGUCACCACCGGUCACGGUCAGCACCAUGGAGGAUGCCCCCGGAGCUCCUCCACGAGAGAUGCGCUGCUCGGCGCUGUCGCCUGACAGACUCCAGGUGUCCUGGGGCGCUCCAGACCCCAAGUUCCAUAACGGACAAAUUCAGGGAUACAGAGUCGAAUACGAGGUCUGGGAGAGCUGGGAAGACGAGUCUUUACAUCGCAGCCAGACCGUCGGACAGACCAUUGUUUUGAAGGGUCUGGAGGCAGCCACUAACUACAGCGUCCGAGCGAGAGCAUACACGCUGGCUGGAGACGGUCCAUGGGCUGAUGCUAUUGCUUGUCUCACAGACGAAGACCUGCCAGGCCGGCCGGAGUCUGUGCGGGCGCUGGUGUCGGCAGAGAAAGCGUUUAUCGUAUCAUGGAUGCCGCCGUCGAAGCCUGGCGGACGACUGAUCGCGUUUAAGGUUGCGUGGCGGAGCUCUGGAUCAGUUAUCAGCCAUGGCAGAACUGGCGCCACUUCAGUGCCUGGUACGGCGACAUGGACACAGAUUGAGGGAGUCGAAGGCAAUAUAGUCGAGGUCGAAGUGAGCGCCUCGACACGAGUGGGCGAGGGACCUUCGCAAUCGACUCGAGUUACUCUAUCUUCAAUCAUAGCAGCUUCAAUUUACUCCUUCGGAACUGAAAUAAAAGUUCGGAAAGGGCAAGAUAUUACGUUAUUAUGUCAUCACGUGGGCGAACCAAUACCACGACUCACCUGGGAACAUAACGGCCGCAGGAUACUGGACACUGAUCAUCAGACGGCUGAUGAUGAGGGCAGCCGUAGAAAAUUACUUCAAGGAAACGGUCGGCUUUUGGUACAAGAUUCCCAGAGGAAAGACAGUGGCAAUUAUACUUGCUCGGUCUCUAAUGUCCACGGCAGCGAUCGGAUUACACAUUCUCUCACUGUAAUUGUUCCGCCAUCAGCACCCAUGGUGCUAGCCUCCUCAGCGUCCGAGUCGUCAGUGCGCGUGCAGUGGAAGGUCGGGGACACGGGUGGCGCGCCCGUCGUGGGCUUCACCCUCUACUACAGGAAGGAUCACGGCCCAUGGUCGCAAGUGGCGGUCCAUAAGAGGGCCAGGGAUAUGGAGCUAUCGGACCUGGACUGUGGGUCCCGGUAUCAUGUAUACCUGGUGUCUCGGAAUCAAGUGGGCCUAAGCCCCGCCAGUGACACCGCUGUGGUCAAGACCCUGGGUGGGGCCCCGCUACCCAGUUCCGUGGGCCAGUUCCUUCAGGCCAACAGCUCAACCGUGGUUGUAUACCCUGAAUCUUGGCUGACCCAAGGUUGUCCCAUCACUCAUUUUCUUGUUGAAUAUCGACCAAACAGACAAUCACAUUGGCUCCAGGAAAACAGCUCCCCUCCGGACUCGUCUGAUAGCAAAGGCGCUGCCCAGGAUCGCCAGAUCAAGGAUUCGUUCGUUAAUCGAGAUGCCAAAAAUAACAUAGAACACCGGGACCAAUUUUACGCUACGAUCCGCAAGAUCCCACCGAGGGAGUCCCAACAAUCCGACCAGAUUCCCGAAAACGCCGAAGAUAUCUACCCGUACGCUACGUUCCAGCUGCCUGAACAGCCUCCUGAACAAGCCAUGCCCAUGCUGUCCAUGUACCACCAGCGUCCUGAUAAGAGAACUGACACGUACGGCAAGACGGAGCGCAGGAGCGCCCAGCAGCCACGGCCUGGCCGGCCUCAACUGCCUCAGCCUCAGCAACGCGGCCACGCUCGCUCCAGGAGCCGGAGUAGGAUGCUCACUCCAGGCCUAGGCGACAGCGAAGAUUACGAAACUCUAGGUUCCGAGACCGAGACCGACCACGCAAUAUCUUCACGAACCGAAUCCUCGAACCAGCUCGACGAUAUGUCUACACUCAGAGACCAUGGCUUGAUUUACGCCAGGGGGCCCUUGCAAGAAUUACAGUCUGGAAGCGAAAUGGUCUAUGGCCCCAAGCCCAAAACUUUGCACCGCGACAAGCCUAACAAAGAAAAGCCAUUGGUUGAAGAAACCGAGUUCCAAAAUCGUAUACAUCACAACUUGCUGUAUCACGCUGAGUCCAGUUCACCCUCUCCCGAGACCUCACCCACAACUCAAAGAAAGUCCUUCCCUCGGCGCAACAGACCGAGGUCUCGCAUGAGAGAGCCCGAAGUGAGCACAGGAGCGGCUUCAUCGGUCCUCAAGCCAGGCUCCCAAAGUGUAACUGCCGGCGAACGCCGCCAGCAACAAAGCAUUUUUCAGACCCGCCGGACUGAUUUUUCUGAAGUUCCAUCGUCGCAGUUCAGAGUUAAUGACAGUAACGACACACAAGGUGCAAACGCAGAGCUCUUUUAUGAGCGUGGAAAAAGCGACUCGGACUUUAGCAGAAAUCUGGACUCCUGCGUUCAAAAACCGAAAAGGGCGACAAAAGCUGUCGCUGUCAAGCAAAAACAGGCGGGCAGUGAAGCGAAACAGGACAGAAAUAUGACUGGGUUCGAUGUUUUAAGCAGUGAUUUUUCCAUAGCAGUGUGAAAAACAUGAUUAAUACUUACUGCUUGACCAACUGCUAAGACGUAAAAUAUUAUUUAGAUGUACAUGGAUUGCCCGCAAUUUUCCGUCAGUCUUCCUAAUCCCAACAUAAAAUUUUACGGAUCGAAUGAAUUUUAGCAAAAUUGUUUCCUUUUUUUGGUUUUUCAAUGACAUUAUUGCUACACAAGUUAAAAUAUCUGGUUUUGCUUUUAUUGAAUAUGUGGCGGAUUGUGUUUCCAUCAUGCAAAAAU